AUGGCCGGCACCACGGUAAAAACUCCCUCAGGCAUCAUACUGCAGGUCGGAGGCAAAGACGUCCCUCGGGUCCGGCGACUUCGGAUACUCGGUCUGUGGUUGCAGGAGGAUGGCAAGAACACAUACAGCAUCGGAGUCCUCCGUAACCACGCACGGCAGGUAGGAAGACUCAUAGCAAGAAUCGCCGGAAAACGGUACGGGAUGAAAGAGCGGAAUGUCAUUCGCCUUAUCAAAGCCUUCGUGAUUAGCCGGAUUGCCUACAUUGCACCCUUCCUGGACUUGACACUCACGGAGAGGGAUGCCAUCGAUCGCAUCAUCCGCUGCGUAUACAAGAAAGCGCUUCACCUAACACGUUCAACAGAGACCAAGCGACUCCAGAAGCUUGGGCUUCACAACACCCUCUCGGAAAUCAUUGAGGCACAGAGGACAGCCCACUACGAAAGGCUAUCUCUGACCACAGCGGGAAGAACCAUCCUCACAUCUUUGGGCAUCAACUACCACCCCACAGGGCACAGUACGCGAGGCUUGCUUCCAAACGAGCUACGCGAGCAACUAAAGAUUUCGCCUCUGCCUCGUCACAUGCAUCCAGUGCACGACGCAGGCAGACGCAUGGCCAGAGUGAAGGCUCUGGAGAACACUCUACAGCAAGACUACGACGACUCCGAGGUGACCUAUGUCGACGCAGCCUCAGCUGACAGGGGUCGAAUGACCCUUGCAGUUACGAAUCGCUCCGGCCAAAUCUUCACGGCAGGCAGCAUGUACACCAGCAACAGUGCAGAGGCAGAGGAGGCAGCCAUCGCCUUGGCCCUCACUUUCAGCACCACGAAAGUCAUCGUCAGUGACUCCCAGAUGGCCAUCCGCCAGUACAUGCGUGGUCACAUCUCUGACAAAGCCCCCAAGAUCGCCACUGGUCAUCGUCUGAUUGACCACCCAGUCCGCAUACUGUGGUCUCCAGCCCAUGCGUCACUCCCAGGCAACGAGAGUGCUCACAGUGCAGCCUGCGCUCUUACCAACCGGGCUAGCACACCAAGUGAGCACUCGACCUUCGCCACGUGGAACCACGACAACCUCUACACCUUUAAGGGGGUGCUGGACCACUACCGAGUAGAACGCCGAGCCUACCCAGAGGCUCACAGCACUCUCAACAAGGCAGAAUCCACCAUCCUCCGUCAAGUCCAGACAGAGACCUUCCUCAACCCGGCGCAGUUGCACUCGUGGUACCCAGAUACCUACGACCCGUCUUGCAAAAACUGUGGCGAGAUCGCCACACUCCACCAUAUACUCUGGGAGUGUCCGGAGCUGCUUCUUCACUCGAAGAAUAAGGAGUUCAUCAAGCAAGCCAGGCAACCAGGCGCCUGGGAAUCCUUCCUGCGGGAUCCUGACCCCACGACUCAGAAAAUUCUAGUCCAGCUGGCCUCGGACGCCGCCGGGAACAUCGCGUCUCGUCUGUCGACCGAGGGGAUCGCUUCGUCAAGGAACAAGAAGGUGGAGUGCGCCCGGGAAUCACACGAGCAGUCUCCACUGAAACAUGCAAAGGCAGACUUCUUGAGGAACAGCGAAGAUAAUGCCGAAUAUAGCGCCAACGAGAAUUCUGUUGGUAGCCAGUUGCUGGCGAUCAACAGACAUGGGAACUCGGCGUCCUCAUUUGAAACCAGCACUUUGAGCGCACUUACAGAAAUACCGAUUCCUCCGAUUCCUAUUCAAGGUCAGUUCGAGUUGUUUCUGAGAAACAUUGACGGCGAUAUGGAGACGAGGUCUAGUGAGGUGGACAAGACGAACGACCUGUCUUCUUCAGACGCGCAGCCGGCGACAACAAGUACCGUCUGUAGCAGCGCUGCGAGCGCCACAACAAAAGCCUGUAGAACUUCGGGGAUUACGACCUGCGACACCUCGGACGAGGACAAAAGCGGAGAGGACGCCCCUGCCACGAGCUGUUCAGGGACGCCCAUAGAUUCGCCGCACAAGAAGAUCACUUGGGGCAAGGCCAAGUCGUACCCUGGAAGUGAGACAGUGUCGGACCUCGAUGAAACAUCGGACACUCGCUCCGACCUCUGGCAGAGCCUGAGGAAGCCUAUGAACCCGCUCUUGAAGGCUGGAUAUCGAGUCAAAAAGCAAGAAAGCGCGGCUAAACUGCACUCGCGUCCUUCUCGUAAAGACGCCAAGGACAAAAAGUUGCGCAAAUGA